AUGAACAAGGUCGAGGUCGAGAAAGCAGCUUGUCAAGCCGCAAUCCCUACCACAGUUAUUCUUCCUGAAAAAUUCGCAGAAUUCGCCCUAGACACGCCAGCACUGGGCGUUGAGUACGAAAGCAAUAAAAUUCAAUUCAUCGGCAACAGUGCGUCAGAGCCUCUGAAUCUUUGCACUCGAUCUUACGUGGGAGCAGCUUACGCAAGUAUCUUCGCUUCCACCCCAAUCAGUCAAUUGAAAAACCAAGAUCUAGCAUUGUGUGAACUGAGACCGUCUGGUACCAAAAUCGUCGAAGCCCUCACACAAAGGCUCGGGGUGGCUCCGCUGAGCAGAAGUGAAAGUGAAGAGCACAUUAUUCAGGCUUUGAACGAGGCGGUUGAAACAAUCAAUCCAUUUGCACUGGGACUAAAUUGUCGAAAGAUUUGGUCAACUGAAGAGCAGGCCAAAAUAAUUGGUGACGAUGCCUGGGAUGUUGGAAAUUACUCUAAGGCCACCGUUUCUAGCUUGAUGGCCGAGAGCAAACUGAAGCCAUACCGAGCGAUGCCUGCAGACGUGAGGGGUUCCUUCACAACACUAUUUGAUCAGUGUGAAUAA